GCAGACGCCCGGCGGGCGAUGAGGAUGGAGGCCGGGGAGGCAGCGCCGCCGGUGGGGGCGGGCGGCCGCGCCGCAGGUGGCUGGGGCAAGUGGGUGCGGCUCAACGUGGGGGGCACGGUGUUCCUGACCACCCGGCAGACGCUGUGCCGCGAGCAGAAGUCCUUCCUCAGCCGCCUGUGCCAGGGGGAGGAGCUGCAGUCGGACCGGGAUGAGACCGGGGCCUACCUCAUUGACCGUGACCCCACCUACUUCGGGCCCAUUCUGAACUUCCUCCGUCAUGGCAAGCUGGUGCUGGACAAGGACAUGGCUGAGGAGGGGGUCCUGGAGGAAGCUGAAUUCUACAACAUCGGCCCACUGAUCCGCAUCAUCAAAGACCGGAUGGAAGAGAAGGACUACACGGUCACCCAGGUCCCGCCCAAGCACGUAUACCGCGUGCUGCAGUGCCAGGAGGAGGAGCUCACACAGAUGGUCUCCACCAUGUCUGACGGCUGGCGCUUUGAGCAGCUGGUGAACAUUGGCUCUUCCUACAACUAUGGUAGUGAGGACCAGGCAGAGUUCCUGUGCGUGGUGUCCAAGGAGCUCUAUAGCUCCCCAAAUGGGCCUAGCUCUGAAUCCAGCCGCAAAACCAAGAGCGCAGAGGAGCAGCUGGAAGAGCAGCGGCAGCAGGAGGAGGAGGUGGAGGUGCAGGUGGAACAGGUGCAGGUGGAGGCAGAUACCCAGGAGAAAGCCCAGUCAUCUCAGGAUCCCGCUAACCUUUUCUCCCUCCCACCACCACCGCCUCCUCCUCCUCCUCCGCUUCCUGCUGGAGGUUCCCGUCUGCACCCUCUCAGACCUGAGGCCGAGCUUGCAGUGAGGGCUUCUCCCUGGCCCCUCGCCCGCCCCCAGAGCUGCCACCCCUGCUGUUACAAGCCAGAGGCACCCGGAUGUGAGGCCCCAGAUCACCUCCAGGGACUUGGGGUUCCCAUCUGAAAUCCUUUAUUUUUGUUCUACGGGGUGGGCUCCUGGCCUGAGAUGGAAGAAGCACUCUCCCCGCUGCCACCUCUGUCUGCACCUGUGGGGCUGUGAUGUACCCCUACCUCCGGGGCCGGGCUGGGGGCCCACUAGGCCCUCUCAAGGCCUGAGGUGGGCCCUGGGACCCCUGGGCGGAGCCAUCUGCCCCUGGCCAAAGUGUGGCACUGUCCAGCUGAAUCUCCCAGGCCCCCGUGUCCCUUCCCCCAGGCCGCCCUGCUGCAUGGCAGAUGUGCUCCCCCCUGCCUGGUCACAUCACCUCCUUGAGCCUUAGUCAUCCAGUGGGGUGACUCCUUUUACCCCACCCACCUCAUAGGGUUGUGCUUAGGGCACAAAGAGGAACAAGACCCCCGGGAGCCCUGGAAAGUGUCCCUUUACCUCCCUGUGGACGGGGAGGGCCUAGCCUAACCUCCAGGCAGCGCACUGGGUUUGCGACUGGAGGAUCAUGGCUUGGUGGGGGUGAAGCCUGUGAGGGUUUGGCUCUGUGAGAGGAGGGAUGGGUGACUUGGCCUUCAAUUUGGCUGUUCCCCCCUGUCCCACCAGCCAUCUACAUCUCUGGUAGAGUGCCCUGGUCUGAGUAGGGGGUGGAGGGAGAAGUGACUGGGCAGGGGCCAUGGAUCCACUCAGGAACUUGUAUAGGGAAGGGGACACUCCCUCUGCUCAGGGGAGGGGCUGGGUGCCAUGGGGCUGAGCAAGGGGCCCCUCCUAUGUUAGGCCUCCCAGGAUGGGCACAGGCUUCUCAUCUGACCCCAACAUGUAAUAAAACCUGAAG